CGGGUAGAGACACCAGGAUUCGGUCCUGGUUUCUGGCGCGGACCGGGGACCCAGAGGAGGCCGGGGCGGAAGCUGGGAGCUGGGCCUGCUUGAGGCUUCUGGGACUGCGGCGCGGGUUCGGCCAUGGAGCUGCGCUCGGAGCUGCCCAGCGUGCCCGGCGCAGCGACCGCGGCAGCAACAGCGACGGGUCCUCCCGUGGCGUCAGUGGCGGCGGCGGCAGCGGCGGCAGCGGCGGCCGCCUCGCUGCCGGUGAGCGUAGCAGGCGGCUUGCUGCGGGCGCCGCCGCUGUUACUGCGGGCCGCAGAGAAGUACCCGCGGACCCCCAAAUGCGCACGCUGCCGUAACCAUGGCGUGGUGUCGGCGCUCAAGGGCCACAAGCGCUACUGCCGCUGGAAGGACUGCCUGUGCGCCAAGUGCACGCUCAUCGCCGAGCGCCAGCGCGUCAUGGCGGCGCAGGUGGCGCUGCGCAGGCAGCAGGCGCAGGAGGAGAACGAAGCGCGCGAGCUACAGUUGCUCUACGGCACAGCUGAGGGCCUAGCGUUGGCCGCCGCCAACGGCAUCAUCCCACCACGACCCGCCUAUGAGGUCUUUGGCUCAAUGUGCGCCGCCGAUGGCGGGGGUCCUGGAACUGGCGCACCCGUGGGGUCCGGAGGCGGAGCAGCAGGCGCGGGGGGCGCAGAGGCCAAGUUGCAAAAGUUUGACCUGUUCCCCAAGACACUGCUUCAGGCAGGCCGCCCCGGCAGCCCGCAGCCGCCGCCCGGGAAGCCCUUGUCACCCGACGGCGCGGACUCAGGUCCCGGGACGUCAUCUCCGGAGGUGCGGCCGGGCUCGGGCUCGGAAAACGGCGACGGCGAGUCCUUUUCGGGGUCGCCCCUGGCCCGGGCCUCCAAAGAGGCAGGUGGCAGCUGCCCGAGCAGCGCUGGCCUCGGCGGCGGCGGCGACGAAGACAGCCCGGGUUCCGCCAGCCCUCUGGGUUCUGAAUCCGGUUCUGAGGCCGACAAAGAAGAGGCAGAGGCCGCGCCAGCGCCGGGGCUGGGCGGAGGUCCGGGUCCACGGCAGCGGACGCCGCUGGACAUAUUGACGCGCGUCUUCCCUGGCCACCGGCGCGGCGUCCUGGAGCUGGUGUUGCAGGGCUGCGGCGGCGACGUGGUUCAGGCCAUCGAGCAGGUGCUGAACCACCACCGCGGGGGCCUGGUGGCCGGCCUGGGCCCGGCCGCGCCCCCUGAUAAGGCAGCGGUUGGUACAGCCGCGACCGCGGAUGAUGCAUGGCCCGGCCGCGUCGACGCUGCUGCCGCCGCGGGGGUACCCGGCUUGCCUGCGCCGCUGCAAGCCGGCCCCGCCGCGCCGCCGCACCACAGACCCUUGCUGGCCGGCGCCAUGGCGCCCGGGGCGCUGGGCUCGCUGAGCAGCCGCUCAGCCUUCUCGCCACUGCAGCCCAACGCCAGUCACUUCGGCGCCGACGCGGGCGCCUACCCGCUGGGCGCGCCCCUCGGCCUCAGUCCACUGCGCCUGGCCUACUCGGCAGCGGCGGCACACAGCCGCGGCCUGGCCUUCAUGGCGCCCUACUCCACUGCUGGCCUGGUGCCCACGCUCGGCUUCCGGCCGCCGAUGGACUACGCCUUCAGCGAUCUCAUGCGCGAUCGCUCUGCAGCGGCCGCCGCCGUACACAAGGAGCCGACUUACGGCGGUGGCCUGUAUGGGCCUAUGGUGAACGGCACUCCGGAGAAGCAGUAGGGCAAGGGACCUGGCGACCGGGCGGCCACCAAACAGGGACCCCAGCCUUGCCCCCGCGGGCCGCCAGCCCCUCGUCGCCCACCGGGUGCGCUCUCUGCAUCCUGGCUGGAAUCCUCCCCCUCCAAGGUGGUUUUUGUUUUGUUUUGG